GAGAGAUAACCGCAUAGAGCUGGUGAGGGCGUCGUGGUCAGAGCUGACCAUUAGUAUCAGUGAGAUCACACUGGCUGACGAGGGGAUGUACACCUGUUCUCUAUUCACCAUGCCUGUCAAGACCGCCAAGGCCUACCUUACUGUACUGGGGGUGCCAGAGAAGCCAGAGAUCGACGGUUUGACCAAGCCUGCCCUCGAAGGAGAUGAGAUCACUUUGACCUGUAUGACCCACGGCUCCAAGCCUGCUGCCAACCUCCGCUGGUUCAGGAACGAGAAGGAGAUCGAAGGUGCCAAGGAGGUGAAUGCCAGUGGAAAGACCUUCACAGUGACCAGUUCUCUACAGCUGCUAGUAGACCGGGACGAUGAUGGGGCAGCGUACACCUGUAAAGUAGACCACGUCGCCCUGUUGCAGACACCACAACAGACUACUGAAGUAUUGGAGGUGCACUAUGCUCCUCGUGUGUUGAUCACCCAGUCGUUGGCGUUCCCUCAGGAGGGUCAGUACCUGAAGCUAGAGUGUGUCUCCAAGGGAAACCCAUCGCCAGACCCUGUGUUGUGGACUAAGGAUGGAGGAGAGCUACCAGACCUGGAGAGAAUGAUCGUACAGGGAAGAGAACUCACCUUUUCCGCCCUUAACAAGACAGACAAUGGCACCUACCGCUGUGUGGCCUCCAACCACCUAGGCACCAGCAGUGCAGAAUACAUACUCUACGUCUACGACUUCCCCACCACCUUCCCUCCAUACACCACCCCUGCCCCCCGCCCCACCAGACACCACCGUCCCCCUAGACCCCACAUCGCCUCCUCAGACCCUACAAACAUCUACAACAGAGAUCCCAACGCCAUGGGGCAGCGCGGACCAGACCAUGCUCUGAUUGGUGGAGUGGUGGCGGUGGUGGUCUUCGUUACCUUGUGUCUAAUCAUCUUUUUGGGCCGCUACCUAGCCAGGCAUAAAGGAACGUACCUGACCAACGAGGCCAAAGGAGCGGACGAUGCACCGGAUGCUGAUACAGCUAUCAUCAACGCAGAGGGCAACACACAUGCCGAGGGGAAGAAGGAGUACUUUAUCUAGACUGUAGAGGGCGCUCUGAUCCGCUGCCCCAAAAACGUGCUGAGGAGAAGAAGGAGUACUUUGUUUAGAUUGGUCUGCCGCCCCCUCUUUCUCUCUAUCUAACUCUCCCUCUCACUCUAUCUCAUUAUCUCUCUAGAUAUCUCUUUCUCUUCAUCUCUCUCUCUCUGUCUCCUCAGCUCUCUCUCUCUUUCUCUUCACCUCUCUCUGUCUCUCUCUCUCUCUCUCUUUUCACCUCUCUCUUUCUCUACACCUCUCUUUCUCUCUCUUUCUCUUCACCUCUCUCUGUCUGUCUCUCUCUCUCUCUCUUUUCACCUCCCUCUCUCUCUCUCUCUCUCUCUCUCUCUCUCUCUCUCUCUCUCUCUCUCUCUUUACCUAUAUAUCUUUCUCUUCAUCUAUCUCUCUCCACCUCUCUCUCUGUCUCUCUCUCUCCACCUCUCUUCAUCUCUCUCUCCACCUCUCUCUCUCUCUCUCCACCUCUCUCUUCAUCUCUCUCUCUCCACCUCUCUCUUCAUUUCCCUCUCUCUCUCCACCUCUCUCUCUCUCUCCACCUCUCUCUCUCUCUCUCUCUCUCUCUCUCUCUCUCUCCCUCUCUCUCUCCAUCUCUCUCUCUCCACCUCUCUCUCUCUCUCUCUCUCUCUCUCUCUCUCUCUCUCUCUCCACCUCUCUCGUCAUCUCUCUCUCUCCACCUCUCUCUCUCUCUCUCCACCUCUCUUCAUCUCUCUCUCUCCACAUCUCUCUCUCUCUCUCUCUCUCUCUCUCUCUCUCUCUCUCUCUCCAUCUCUCUCUCUCUCUCUCUCUCUCUCUCUCUCUCUCUCUCUCUCUCUCCACCUCUCUCUCUCUAUAUUUCUUUCUCCACUGCCCCUGCUGCCUCACGGAGGGAAUCCCCUGGGCAGUAUGUAGAGAGGAAACACUCCUUAUUUUUCCCAUCACCCCCCUCUCCUGCUGGCUUUUUUGUUCUGUUUUGUUAUCAUUCCAUCCUUCAGGUCUUUUUGUCCAACCGCCCUGGUUUACGUUGUCGGCUUUCAUUUAUAAAGGCCGCGCCCUAUUGGCCGUCUGGGGAUGUUGCCUUUUAUUUCUGAUGGUGUUUUAUCUGCUAAAUAAAAGCCUGAGAAUCUGCAUAUCCACGA